AUGGCAGAUGGAGUCUCCCAGGUUGGAAAGGAAAACUUCAGUGAGCACUCAAGAAGAGGCCAAGUGCCUGGUCCGUGCUCACAACUGCAGAGAAGUUUCAUCCAGAGAGUAACGUUGCUGGGAAAGCUGCCCACCAGAUUUGUCCUCCACCGGGACAGGAAACAGAAGGUUGCUGCUAUCCUGGGGAUCGGCCAAGAAGCCAUGAAGUCUCCUCCAGAGGGAGGCUCAGACGAUUGCCUGCUGAGUAAGGUGGACCUGAGGCGCCAGCAGAUUUCUCAGACUGUGGAGGAGGUGCAGAAAGUCAUCCACUGCCUGACGGCAGAAGUCAGCCACCAGGACAGUCGGUUCCAAGCGGUGGCCGCCUCUGACACAUACAACGACGGCAUUAAGGUUUUGGCCCCCAGCCUGUUCCACAUCACAGUCCCCCUGAAAGGCCUUGCGGGGUACAGGGGGGCCCGGGCACAGCGCUGGCGGUACUACAACUUGCAGGGCGCCAAGCUCACCUGCCCUUUGCGGGACCCUGAAGGCCUGCAACAGUGGCUAGAGACUGAGCAGUUCGUGAAGGCCCUGUGGCCGUGGCACCAGGCAGAUGUGAACAUUGAGGGGGACAUCGUGCCAGCCAAAGUCCUCCAGGUGUUCCGGACGCUGGUGGAAAAUGCCGUGAAAACCUGCCACCUUUCAGGCAAGGUCAGUGUGCUAGCAAACCGCACGGCUGUCCGGCUUGCCAUGGAGACGUCCGCAGGCCAGGUGGAGCUAGAGCUGGCCCCCACGGUGGAGAUCCCCACCGCCUGGUCGGAGAAAGCCCAGUGGCCUCGGUGUCUGAAGCGAUGGCCUUCCGCAGAGAAGGUGGAGUGCGUCAAGUCAUUUGGGUUCAGCCUGGUGGCCCGGUCCAGCUACCAUUGGCAGCUGAGUUUCUCCCAGGCUGAACAGGUGCUGUUUGAGCAGUUGGAUAAGGACGGGGGCUGCCGCAAGCAGUGCUUUCGGGUCAUGAGGCAGCUGAAGGAGGAUGUGUGGUGUCCAGGGAGGAGGCCCGUCAUCACUACCCAACACUUGCAGACCGUGCUCUUUUGGACUUGUGAGAAAUACCCCCACCUCAAGGAUUGGCAGGUCUUCCAUCAAGCGCUCCUGCGACUGGUCCGGAAGUUGCACAGGUGUGUGAGCCAGCACUUCCUGAAGCACUAUUUUGUCCCAAAGAGCAACCUCCUUCAGUCAGCCAACCCAACUGAGCUGGAUGCUGUGGCCCAGAAGGUGGCCUUCUUCCUGAAGAACCCACAGAUCACUCUGCCCUGAGGUGGCCCAAAGGAACCCUUGCUUCAUUUCUUCCUGCUUGACCUCAUUCUCAGGGUGGUUCCUCUGUCGGCUGCCAGGAUCCUUUCUAUGCCAGAGAGGGGCCAGGCCACAAAAGCAUUUCAAUACCUUUCCUACCUCUCCUGGGUACAGCGCUCAUCCAGCUCCCCAAGUGACUGAUUCUCCUUGCUCAGCCUCUUCUUGUCUGCCAAGGAGAAUGGAGAUGGGCUCAGGGCAGGCCAUGUGUGCUAGCCUGCUGCUGGAGAGUUCUCCAGCCAGCUGGACUAGGAGCCACACACUGACAGACAGCCCCGCCUGGUGGCUGGUGCCCUUCACAACUCUGUCCUCCACCUCCAAGCAGAGGCCAGUAGUUCAGGCUCCUGAGCUGUUCAGAUGUUCCCCUCUCAAGUGUAGGGAGUCAUCCUGAGGGUUAGUGUGAAUGCAAGAGAAGGGUGCAGCUGGAAUUCCACCUGUCACCUGACUCCAGCCACAGCCCCCUCUGCCAAGGUCAAGGCCUCCAUUUCCGGAAUGAGCUCUGUGUUGAGGCCCUGCACAGACCCACCUGCGUGUUCUUCCCAUCUGGAUGCCUUCCUUAGCUCGAUCCGUUCACUCACUCACUCACUGACACAUAAGUCCUCCCUAGACUGAGAACACAGGCAAGAACAAGACAGACUCCCGUGGGGAAGACAGGAAGUGAACAGCAGAUCGGUAAACUUGGUCUUCACACAUAGAAGGAAGUCUGCUUGAAGGCGUCACAGGAAGAUCCUGAGGGCGAAGGAGUGGACAGUUAAAAGAGGCCAGAAUGGUGGCCUCAGCAGGCUGGGAUGGGUGGGCAUGGGGCUGGCUGUGUGAAGCUGUGGAGGAGCUGAUCUCACUGUGCUCUGGGAUCAAAGGCGCAGCACAUACCUCCAACAAGAAGAAAGACGUUUUGUGGUCUGAAGCACAUUUCAGAUGAUGGCUGUGGUGACAGCACCAGGAGGGGCACUGAGGCCCCCGCUCUUCUCCAUUCCAAGAGCACUGAGGCCCACAGCCUCACACAUCCUCACGCUGUCUGGGGAUUUCAGGUGCUCUUAGAGAACAUGGCUUCUUCGGGCAUUUUCUUAAUGCUUCCCAACUCCAGGGGAUCCUUUGUGAAUUUUGAGCAUUCUCCCCAAAUACGCUUCACAAAGUAACAUUCCUAAAAGCACAAACCACUGACUGGGGGCUUUGAAGAAACCUGUGUGCCGGGGACUGAGCCUGAGGCCUUUGACAUGCUGGGCAUGUGCCCUGCCAAUGAGCCACGCUCACCCUUUUAUCUUGAGGCUGGAUCUCACUAAGUUGCCCAGGAUGGCUCUAUUUUUUUAAUUAGUUUUUUAUUAGAAUAUAUUAAUUAUACACAA